CCGGGCUGCACGUUCCUCUGAACCAGGGGACGGCUUCAUCCAUCUCCCAAGCCUUCCUCUCCCCGGCAGCCUGCAGCGCCCAGCAAACCCCAGCAAACCGCCGCGCUUCCUUCCAGAGCGCCCUGAUUCCGAAUUACUCCUAAUUCAGAACAAAGAAGACAACAAAUGCCACUCCAACCAAGUCCCCCCGAAAUGAGAAUAAAGGAGCACGGACAAAGGGAAAUUAAUGAUCCGAAGGAAAUAUGUGUGGGUCCUUCUGCCACAUCCUACCCAAGUGAGCAGAAACAGAGCGGUGACAGCAGGUCGGACAGUCGCUUCACACACCAGAGAGAUGACAAGGAAGACUGUGGCCCCAGAAUGACUAAAAGUUUUCUGCAAAAACUCUGCAAGCAACACAAGCUUUAUAUCACCCCGGCACUGAAUGAUACACUAUAUUUACACUUUAAAGGUUUUGAUCGCAUCGAGAACCUGGAGGAGUACACAGGGCUACGCUGCCUCUGGCUGGAGUGCAACGGGAUACAGAAGAUCGAGAACCUGCACGCCCAGACCGAACUGCGCUGCCUCUUCUUGCAAGUGAAUUUGCUGCAUAAAAUCGAGAACUUAGAACCUCUGCAGAAACUGGACGCUCUUAACCUGAGCAACAAUUACAUCAAGACCAUUGAAAACCUCUCCUGUCUGCCGGUCCUGAACACGCUCCAGAUGGCCCACAAUCACUUGGAGACCGUGGAAGACAUUCAGCAUCUACAGGAGUGCUUGAAACUCUGCGUCCUUGACCUUUCCCACAAUAAGCUGAGCGAUCCGGAAAUCCUGAGCGUCCUGGAGAGCAUGCCUGAUUUGCGCGUCCUGAAUUUGAUGGGAAACCCCGUGACCAGGCACAUCGCUAAUUAUCGAAAGACCGUCACCGUUCGACUAAAACAUUUAACGUACCUGGAUGACAGACCAGUUUUCCCCAAGGACAGAGCUUGUGCGGAGGCCUGGGCCAGGGGCGGGCUUGCUGCUGAGAAAGAGGAGAGACAGCAGUGGGAGAGCCGAGAGCGGAAGAAGAUCGAGGAGAGCAUCGAGGCGCUGGCGAUGAUCAAGCGGCGGGCGGAGGAGAGAAGGCGGCAGAAAGCCAGCCGGGAGGGAGGGGACGAGCUGGAGCCAGAGGAGAGCAAGCUUGUGGAUGGCAGCGUGCCAGGGAAGGAGGAGCCUCGUGAGGAGGAGGAGAGGCAGCAGAAAAUGGAGCAAUUUGUCAGGGAGAGCUUUGAGGCCAAGGAUGAGCUCUUCCCGGAGAGACUGAAUCUUGGGGAGGAGCUGCCGGUGGAGGUCAGCAGGGAGACGGAAGGCCGGGAGCCAGCGGGGCCACACCUGGAGGAGGCCGUGAGGCCGGCCGCCCCCGGAGCUGCUUGCAAAGAACCGGACCCGCAGACUGUGGCUGCCGGGGGUGCAGCAGGCACGGAGCUGGGUGGAGACGAGGAUCUGGAGACCAUCAGACCGGAGGUGAAGGAGAAGCUCUGCAUCGACGACCUGCCUGACUUGGAAGAUGUGGACACAGGCGAGCCUCUGGAAGGCCAGGAUGAUGAGAUGUGCUUUCCAAAGAUCACAGCCGUCUCGAGCUGGAGUGAUGACAGUGACCCUGAACUGGACCACUCCUCACUCCCGGUGCCAGAAGACACCUCUGAUGCCCUUUCAAACAUAUUCGCCAUCCCCAGGGACACGUGGAGGACGGCUGAGACGCCCUUCACUGCCAUCUGUGACGCAGCAGCCAAGAGGGACUCGGAAACCCCAACGGGAGACACCAAGGCCCCACGCCCGCUGAUCCAGGAGCUCCCCGGCGAGCCAGCUCCAGGCCAGCCACCAAUGCCCCCAACCUGCCAUCGGGACGCCCCACUGCCCGCUCCCAGCGAGGACAAGGACAGUGACCUACUUCCAGCCUCUCCCCCAGGUGAGGUCGCUGAGGAGAACGAGGCGCAGGCUGAGGCAGAGCGCGCUGAGCCCGAGGCGGGAGAAGACCGGGAGGACAUUGAAUUUGGCUUGGACUGA